UACUCCACCGCUCACACCGCUACCACUGACACACAAACAUGGGUCGUCUCGCAGAAAUGCAGCGUAAGCUGCUCGAGCAAAUGAUGGGUCCCGAAGCUAUGGGUGUUGCGAAUGCGAACCUAGUUUGGUCCGACGACAAAGUAUGCAGGAACUUUCUCUGUGGCACAUGUCCGCAUGCCCUGUUUACAAACACGAAAAUGGACUUGGGUGCCUGCCCCAAGUCGCAUACCGAACGUUUGAAGACGGAGUUCUUGGCUGCUAGGGAGGCGAACCCAACGGACCCUGUCUUCCACCGCUUCCAGAUGGAGUACGAGGCCAACAUAUUUGCAUUCGUGGAUGAGUGCGAUAGGAGGAUUCGGGCUGCGCACCGUCGCUUGGAGAAGACGCCCGAAGAGAAUGCCAAAACAACCAAUUUGAUGAGGGAAAUCGCCGAAAUUGAACUAGCCAUUCAGGGCGGCACGGAAAAGAUUGAAACCUUGGGUGAGCAAGGAAAGGUCGAUGAAUCGAUGCGGGAAAUGGCCGCGAUUGAGGCGCUUAAGAGCGAGAAGUCGGACAAGGAACGAGAGUUGCAGCAGCUGACGGACACGUCUGGUGCAUCCGGCCAUCAGAAGCUGCGUGUCUGCGACGUUUGUGGGGCUUAUCUCUCUGUGCUCGAUUCUGACCGGCGGCUCGCGGAUCACUUUGGUGGGAAGAUGCAUCUUGGUUAUCACGAACUCCGGAACAUGCUCGCGAAGUUCCGAGAGGACCGUGAAAAGCGGAAGCAGGCGCCGCCGUCAGGUGUCCCGGCAGCGACAGGCCCCCCUGGCCGCGGUGGAGAGCGAGGCAGCGAACAUCGGCCGUCGCGAGACGAUCGCGAGCGUGACAGAGGAUUCGAGCGACACUCAUCCCGUUAUGACGACCGGCGGAGAGAUCGUGAACGGUCGCGGUCACCUGGUCGGAGGAGAUACUGAUCGAGAGGGGACCUGAGAGGUCCUAGACUCGUUCAGACUUCAAGGGGGAAGAGGGGAGAGUCGUGAAGCAUGGCAGCAAUAUGGCAACGUGGAAGCGAUUCACCGGGGAGGGAUGAAAGUGCUAGUGCAGCGUGUCUUCAGGGAGGCAUUUCAUUGGAGACUCAUGAGAUGGAGAUGAUUGUCUCCGUCGUUGAGAGAGUCGAGACUUUGGGAUUACGGCGGCUAUCGCUAAUAGCAGUCAACCCGGACAGGGCUAACCAUUUCCGCGCUUGAAAAGCCGAGUGUAUGUCCAAAAGAGGAGUAUUGCGACUAAAAUCCAUGGAUACAUAGACC